AUCCAUUGCACUAAUUUGACACCUUAGCUUUCUUCGACAGUCAUUAUGAUGGCCUCUUUCACCAUACCAUACUUUGUCGACGAAACAAGCCUUCCUACUACGUUGCCCACGGCGGAGGAGAUCGAAUCUUCGACAGAAAUCCUCAAUGAGCGUAUGUCGGGGGCGUCCGGCAAAGAAGUAGAUGGGGUAAUGGAUCAAGAUACCUACUGCAACCUCUUGGCGCGAACUUUUCGAUAAGAUCCGGAGCAGAGAGAGGUGUACUUUACUCAGUACAGGUGUCGUACAAAAGGAGCACGACUGAAGAGCAUAAUACUGACGGUGCGAGGGUGA